AUGGCCACUCUCUCUCCCUCUCCACGCGUCGAUUGGGACCGACGACAGUCCGAGUUGUGGGCUGAGUCUUGUGCACACAAGGAUACCUACUUCGAACGUGUCGGCAACUUUGACAUCUAUCUUCAUCCUUCUGUGCUCUCUCCUAAAUACUUCCCUGAGACCGUUUGGUUCGGUGAGAACCUUCCCCCAAUUGUUCAGGGGAAGUCAUUCCUCGAAGUCGGGCUCGGCACGGGGCUCGUCUCACUCUAUCUUGCCGCUUCUGGCUCUGCUGUCGCCGGUGUAGACAUCAACAGCAAGGCUGUUGAGAUCACCAAAAAGAACUUUGAGUCAAACGGUCAUAUUGGUGACUUUGUUGUUAGUGACGUUUUCGAAAACGUCACUAAAAAGUAUGACUUCAUCUUCUGGAAUCAUCCAUGGGCGUGGGAUGGAUCGAUGCAGGCCGAAGACGAAAAGUUGGAAAUGUUCUUGGACGAGGGCUACGUUAUGCUAAAGCGCUUCAUCUCUGAAGCCAAGAACCACUUGGUCGAAGGCGGAUCAGUCUUGCUGGGAACAGUCCCUUACGCCAACUUGACUGCCAUCGAAGAUAUUUGUGCUGCCUGCGGGUAUGCUCAGGAGAUUGUUCGAGAGGGACUAGGUGAUUUGGGUAAUGGCGUGACUGAGCAGUAUUACAUUAUUCAGAUACGACCAAACUAG